AUCAUCACAGCAGGAGCAGAAACAAAUUUUUCCCAUAGAACUUUUGUUACGCUACAUGAUCGGUAUCGCGAUUUAAUAACAAAAAACCAAUCGUUCGCUUGGUGAUGAACUACGACGCGAGGUGAACUUGAACAAAGCACAAACAUAUGUGGAAGUAAUUUCUCCGGGCAGUCGUAACUAAAACUCGCGAAUGCGCAUCGUAUUUAUGCGCUUGUUUUUUUUUUCUAUUUUCAUCGAUAAAUUCGCGAAAAUAUACAACUUUCUGAAACUAUAAACAUAUGAAGUGAUGACAAUGAUUUACGUUAUAAAACCUCAUCGUUUGACAUCACUUAUAACGUAUCUCGUGUUUUUAUAACCUUUUUGUGUAAAGAAAUAUUUUUAAAAUAUCAAUCUCGUGACACCCUUAGAAUGACUUGAGAACGUGAACAGUGACACACCCUUUGCUUGUCAAUUUUAUAAAUAUCCAAUUUUAUUAUUUAUUUUUAUUCAUAUUGAAAAACUGAGAGCAAAAAGAAACAUGUUUCGGAGUCGGAGCUGGUUCGGAGGUGGCUUGGGAAAACCCAAAAAUCCGCAUUCCCUUGAACAUCUCAAAUACCUCUAUUACGUAUUGUCUAAAAAUCAGACUGUUUCUGACAACAAUAGAGGCUUGCUUGUUGAAACCCUCAGAUCAAUUGCCGAAAUUUUAAUUUGGGGAGAUCAGAAUGACAGCAGUGUUUUCGACUUUUUUUUGGAGAAAAAUAUGCUAUCAUUUUUCCUGCGAAUAAUGAAACAAAAGUGUGGCAGUUACGUGUGUGUUCAACUGCUCCAGACGCUCAAUAUUUUGUUUGAAAAUAUCCGCAAUGAGACUUCGUUGUAUUAUCUCUUGAGUAACAAUCAUGUGAAUAGCAUAAUAGUGCACAAAUUUGACUUUAGUGACGAAGAGGUGAUGGCUUAUUACAUAAGCUUUCUGAAGACUCUUAGUUUAAAGUUGAAUGCUCAUACGAUACAUUUCUUCUAUAACGAGGUAAACAAGCAUACCAAUGACUUUCCUCUAUACACGGAAGCGAUCAAAUUUUUCAAUCAUUCCGAAGGAAUGGUUCGGAUAGCCGUGCGUACUUUGACCUUAAAUGUUUAUCGCGUCGAAGACGCUUCAAUGCUGGCUUUCAUACGAGACAGAACGGCUGCGCCGUAUUUUAGUAAUCUCGUAUGGUUCAUCGGAAACCACAUUAUCGAAUUAGACACGUGCGUUAGGAAUGACGCCGAUCAUCAGAGCCAAAAUAGAUUGUCAGAUUUAGUAGCGGAACAUCUGGAUCAUUUGCAUUAUCUAAAUGACAUUCUUUGUCUAAACAUCAAGGAUUUGAACAAAGUGUUAACCGAGCAUUUGUUGCACAAACUUUUGGUACCUCUGUACGUGUAUUCGUUAAUGAAUCCCAAGGCUCUCAUGUAUCAAAAUCCCGAGGAACGUAAACAUGUGAGCGUGGUUGUCUCUUUGUUUUUGCUAUCACAAGUGUUUCUUAUUAUUUCUCACGGUCCUCUCGUGCAUACGUUGGCCGCGGUGAUACUGAAGUCUGACUUGAGCAUAAUCGAGAACGGCGCGGGAAAAAUCCUCGAAGAAUACACCGAUGAAAGGAUCGCAAAGCCAAUCGCUUUCACACCGCCGAAAGAGAGUUUAGAAAAGUCACUCGAGAGCUUAAGCGAACUGCACAACACCGAAACAAACGAUCGAAUUUCUCAUCAAACGGAAAAUUCAGAGGUGAACAGAAUCGAAGAAACUGACGAGAGAAAUGCAACAUCCGAACCCAGCACCUCUCAUACCGGAGCAUUGGAAAUCAGUAUACCUGCUGAAAGCAUCGAAAAAAUAGAACAUUUAAACGUUACUGACGAAGAGAAAGAACAGAUUUUGGCGCUGGAAAGUCCCCUACCUUCGCAGCAGCCAGCCAACAAUGCUGUCAAAAUAUCAACCGCCAACAAACCAUUUUUGGAAACAAUUAUGAACUCUCUUCAUUGUCCAGAAAACGAUUACGCCACUCUCUUCGCUCUGUGUUUAUUGUAUGCUUUAGCAAGCAAUCAGGGUGUCAAUCCCGAAACAUUGGAUCUUGUUUUGAUACCAUCGAGACGAGAGCCCACAAAGAAUUGGUACAACGAGUCACUCGUAGAUAGAUUAAUACACAUUAUUACUCUCAGCUGCCAAACGAAUGCCAAAGUACGUCUGGUUACUCUGGAGAUGACGAUUAAAUUGUUAGUACUAAUUGUUAUGUCGGACGGUCACAGUUUGUUGUGCGAUUCACAUUUGGCCGCGAUCGAAGCAGCCAAGGAACAGAGUACCUCGUUGCUUCGUAAUUUCUAUAAAAGCGAGGAUAUUUUUUUGGACAUGUUCGAGGAUGAGUACAAUGAGAUAAAGAAACGCCCGAUUAACGUUGAAUGGUUGAUGAUGGACAGUAACAUUUUAUUGCCUCCGACUGGUACGCCAAUGACCGGCAUUGAAUUCAGUAAAAGAUUACCGUGUGGCGAGGUGGAAAGAGCUCGCCGCGCCAUACGCGUUUUCUUCAUGAUAAGAGAAUUAUCUUUGAUUCUUAACUCGGAGGUCGAGACUCAACUUCCUCUGACUAAUCCUGAUGAUUGUGCCCAGGUCAACAACGUUCUUGACUUAAGUAAAAACAACAGUGAUCUUAUGAACUGCACCGUAGUGUGGAAAGAUGGACAGAAAAUUCGACGGUUCCUCGUAAUUGACGUCAUCCAGUUGAUACUCGUUGAGCCAGACACGAGAAAAUUAGGAUGGGGAGUCGCCAAGCUCGUAGGUUUUUUACAAGACAUCGAAGUCGCCGGUGAUAAAGAUGACUCUCGGUGUUUACAUUUGACAAUCCAUAAACCUCUGAGCAGCAGCGCUACCAACAGAGUGCCCUUGCUAUCUGCGAAAUUCGUUUUCGAUGAUCACAUACGAUGCAUGGCUGCUAAGCAGAGAUUAACGAAAGGCAGGAUAAAAGCGAGGCAAAAAAAGAUGACUCAAAUAGCGAGACUGCUUGACAUUCCAACCAGCGUACCGAAUUGCUCGACACCACCAAAUUUCACUCAGCUCGGACACGAUCGUCCAGCGAAUCGAAGACAAAGGCUAAAGGAGCAUCAAAAAGCAAUGUUCACUAUGAAUAAAGUACCCGGUUUUGCAACACAAUUGCGACGAGAGAGUCCCGGUAGGUCUGGCAUGGGCUAUCCCAUGUUGAGCGGUCAGCGAGGCGAACCGAGCUCGACGUGUAGGAACCUCGACGCGGGGUUGAGAUCAAGGGAUAAUUCGCCGAAAACGAUGAGACCUCGGAGCGAGGAAAUACCAUUGGAAGAUAUGCACAAACGGAAAACGUCUUUAACGUCUAACGGUACAAGCGCGUUGACUGUAACACCGGACAGACAAGAAACCGUGCCAUUGGCAUCGACCGCGAGUGGUGAAACGCUCGCGGUUAUGAAAAAACGAUCGGAGGAGACUUCUUUCACUUCAACGAGAAGUAAAGAUUCGAAGCCUCGUAGAAAAGGUCAAGUGGAAACUGUAUAGCAAGAAUUUUAGGACUACGUUUGUAAAAACGUGAGUUAUUUCAAAAUUUCAACAUCGUCUUCGUGUGAAAAACACGGCGGAACGAACUUUCCGGGGCUUGCGUGGAACUGACACGAGUUCCGCGCGUGAGGAAACAUACAAAAUGCUUGAAAAAGUUUUUUGAUCGAAGUGACUGAGAUAAUUUGUAAUAUUUAUCUAAGUGAAACUCUUUCGUUGGUUCAAUCUGCAUCAUGGCUGAUCGUCAACUUAUCAAAGAUGAUACAUGAAUUCCAAAAUAUUUUAUGCGAUAUAUUUUCUGUGAUUCGCACCAUGCCUCCUGAGGUGGCAAACUAAUUGUUUCUUUUCCUUCUGUAUAUAAUAAAAACUCAAGUUACUAUAUA